UAGAGAGAACUAAACCUAAAUUAUCUCUUUUAAAUUUCAAAACAAACUGCAAAAAAUACAUCAAGAACAGCAUUCGGUGUGCGCGGUGCGGUGUGUCGUACAUGGUUGAUGUCACAAACAAUGUUGUUGACACAACACAAACACAAACCAAAGUACAGUUCCCCGACAACAACACAAACAUGAAGAAGGGUUCAGCUGCUAUACUCUAUCAUUACCCUUGUCCUGAUGGAGUUUUUGCCGCUCUUGCCGCACACCUUUACUUCAAAGCCACUUCCUUACUCUCUCCUCUUUUCUUUCCCAACACUGUCUAUUCUCCUCUCAGAGCUGAAGACCUUCCAUUGAAUGAAAUUGAUGAUCUUUAUCUUCUUGAUUUUGUUGGGCCACCUGGAUUUGUUCAGGAAAUCUCCACCAAAGUUCCAAGAGUGAUUAUUUUGGACCAUCACAAAACUGCCUUUGAGAGCCUUUGUCGUGAUGAUCCUUCACUUGGCGAGAAUGUAUUUAAGGUUAUUGAUAUGGAGAGGAGUGGAGCUACUAUUGCUUUUGAUUACUUCAAAGAAAAGCUACUGAAUCCUGAUGUUGGUGUUGUGGUGAACCAACCUUCGGUGCUUGGUGAAUACGAGCGUGCGAGGCAACUUUAUCAUUACAUCGAAGAUGUGGAUCUUUGGAGGUGGAGACUUCCGAAUAGCAAAGCUUUUAGCAGUGGUUUGAAGGAUAUGAAGAUUGAGUUUGAUGCUCAGAUAAACCCUUCCUUGUUUGACCAGUUGCUUUCGUUGGAUUUGGACACUGUCAUUAGUCAAGGCAUGGUGAGCUUGUCGCAUAAGCAAAAAUUAAUUGAUGACUGUCUAAGUGAAUCAUAUGAAAUUGCCCUUGGAAACGGUGAACAUGGUCGCUGCCUGGCUGUUAAUGCAGAUGUUGCUCUCUCAGAGUUAAGGAGUGAACUAGGACAUCAAUUAGCUACUAAAAGCCAGAAUAUGAAAUUGAGGGGUAUUGGAGCUGUUGUAUACAAUGUUCCAGAGCUUGAAAAUGACCAGAAGCUAAAAAUAAGUCUAAGGAGUGUAGACAAUGAAGAUACAACUCCUAUCUCUCAGGCAUUUGGAGGUGGUGGACAUCGAAACGCGAGCUCGUUCAUGUUAAAGUCCGAAGAUUUUGAGCAAUGGAAGGUGUGAUCUGAUGUUAAAUUUCUCUUGACAUGGAGAUAUCAAAGAGUUUACACUUGAAUCUUGAACUUUUACUUUAUUAAGCCAUGUUAUUGUUUUGGUAGUUCUUUGUAACUGUAUUAUACAAUUUUUUUGUACUAUUUUUUGUAGGUUCUGUUUUCAAUAAAAAUUAAAUCAUUUUACAGUAAA